CAUAAGGGGCGGUUGGGGGGCGGUCGCGCGCAGAUCUCGUCAGCGCUCUCCGAGUGUGAUUGUGGCUGCCUUCGCAUCACCUGGGUCCCCGCCGCUACCAUGGCCUAUCGGCCGCGAAGCCCAUCCCGGUACGGGAGCCGCUGCGACGACGUCUCCAGCCCGCCGUCCCCUGCGAGAUGGAGUCUCGGACGGAAGCGCAGAGCCGACGGGAGGCACAGGAAGCCCGAGGACACCGAGGAAGGCGAGCGCCGGGCGGCUGACCGCCGACCUGAGAGCUUUACCACUCCUGAAGGCCCUAAACCUCGUUCUAGAUGUUCAGACUGGGCAAGUGCAGUUGAAGAAGAUGAGAUGAGGACCAAAGUUAACAAAGAAAUUGCAAGAUAUAAAAGAAAACUCCUCAUACAUGACUUUGGAAGAGAGAGAAAAUCAUCAUCAGGAAGUUCUGAUUCAAAGGAGUCUGUGUCUGCAGUUCCGGCUGAUGUGGAGACUGAUGAAAGUGUCUUGAUGAGAAGGCAGAAGCAGAUCAACUAUGGAAAGAACACUAUUGCCUAUGAUCGCUAUAUUAAAGAGGUUCCCAGACACCUUCGACAACCUGGAAUCCAUCCCAAGACCCCCAACAAAUUUAAGAAAUAUAGCCGGCGGUCAUGGGACCAGCAGAUAAAACUCUGGAAGGUUGCUCUGCAUUUUUGGGAUCCUCCAGCUGAAGAAGGACAUGAUUUGCAAGAAAUACAACCUGUCGACCUUGGAGAAAUGGAGACAGAAUUCACAGAGAGCAGUUCUGAGUCUCAGACCAGCUCACAAGAUAACUUUGAUGUAUAUGCUGGCACACCCACCAAAGUCAGACACGUGGACUGUCAAGUGGAGGAUGAAUUUGAUUUGGAAACUUGUUUAACUGAACCCUUGAAAGACUUCUCUGCCAUGAGCUAACUGCCACCUGGCGGCCACCCAGAGUAAUACUUGCCUCUUCUUGGCCUGGGGGAAGUCUGGCCAAUCAUGUGCUGUUGUGCACUUGUACUUGGAUGGUUUCUCUGUUAUGAGUUUAUUAUCUGAUGAUGAAUUGUUAUUCUUGCCUUAUUUGUAUGUAUAGUGUGUGUUUUGCAUGUUUUAAGUUGUAAAUGGAGUUAAUUUGAGGGGAGAUUGAAUCCCCAUAAUCUUUUAACACUUCAUUGCUUAAUGCCAACCAUCUCCAAGUCAAAAGACCAGUACACAACUAGUUUUCCACAAGCAUCUGAGACUUUCAGUUGCUACUUUUGUCAGGUGGGUUAGCUAUAUAUUUAACCAUGUGCUCAUUGUGACUGAUCCAAAGUCAACUGUCUUUUCAGGUAAUGGAUAAUAUAUUCUCAGACUCAGGCAGCUCCAGUUACUUCAUGGAAACCUGUUUUCUGGCCUUUUAUCAAUAUGUUCAAAUAGUUGUUUCCCCUCCCUUAGAGCUCUGAACAAAGGUGUUAAAUUGAAUUGUUAUAUUAAUGGAUUUUAUGUAAGUUAUAUAGUCUUAAUUUGGUACUUGUAAAUAGUGCAAGGUAGAAUCUUAAUCUAUAAUUUUGAGAGUUGAGGCAACAAUGGGGUUUAGCAAACCUUCGUUUUAAGUGACCAGUUAAUUUCCCCUGUAAUACUGCUUAAAUGGUAAUGUGUACAGAUUCUCAGGUGUUCAGUUGUAAGCUUGUCAAGAUUUACAUUUCUAUUGCUUCUGUAUGGAUUAAUAAUGCAAAAUAAAAAAAAAGAACUUUUAUCUGAUUUUAUAA